UGUUAAUAUCCAUAAUUAUUAUUUUUCCUUCACCAGGGUUUCCUAAAUCCAAGAAACAUCAAAAUGCCCAAACCCUGAUCCGCCGCCCGUCAACCCAUUUCCACAAUGCUUCAACCAACGCCGCCAUUGGAGGAAACCGUUGAUGAACACCAAGAAAACCAUGUAGAUGAACAGCAAGAACAAAGCUAUCACCUUCACUCCAUCAAUUCCACAAUAGCAAUCCGCCUGCUCCCCUCUCAAGGCCUCUCCUUCCAGCUCUGGCCGGCCGCCUCCGCUCUCGUCACCCUCCUCGACAACCACCGACGCCCGCCCCCCGACACCCCCCGCCGCGGCCAAACCACCGCUCUCUCUGCCUUGCUCCCCAACGAGCGCCGCCUCCGCCUUCUCGAGCUAGGCUCCGGCACCGGGCUUGUUGGGAUCGCGGCUGCUGCGUUACUUGGUGCCAGAGUCACGCUCACGGACUUGCCCCACGUGCUGCCCAACCUGCAGUUCAACGUGGACUCGAACGCCGGAAUCUUGGAGCUCCACUGGGGGGCAGUCGAGGUGGCGGCGCUGCCGUGGGGAGACAUACAGCAGAUGGAAGCUGUUGGGAGAGAUGAGUAUGAUGUGAUACUGGGGUCUGACGUGGUGUACCACGAUCAUCUCUACGAGCCGCUGCUGGAAACGCUGAAGUUUUUCCUGUUGGGAAGUGAGAAGAAAUCGGUGUUCUUGAUGGCCCAUUUGAAGAGAUGGAAGAAGGAAUCGGCAUUUUUCAAGAAGGCUAAGAGGUUGUUUGAUGUUGAGAUUAUACAUAGGGAUAGCCCCAUUGAUGGGUCUAGAGUUGGAGUCGCUGUCUACAAAUUUGUGAAGAGGGGUAGUCCUAUUGAACUCUGAGUUGAGCUUAACAAAGUGGAUUGGGUGUAUACAUCAAAGAUCUGUUGCAAGAUUUUGUGAUGCAAAAGUGAUGGUUCAUGUUCUGGUCAAUCACUAUUCUUGGCUAUAAUGGGAACUAAUAGUUAGUGUCUUUUAAAAUUGAGGGAAAUUCUCAUUAGAAUGAUCAAGAAAUUAGAGAAUUAGAAUGAUCAAGUUUGUUCAGGGUAAUUAUGAUUUUGGUUCCCAAGCCUAAUUAUAUAUGUGCUUUUUGUCACACUCCAAGGCUUGGACAACACACAUCUUCCUAACUUGGUGGCAACGACAUGUGCGGUUUAAUUAGAUUCAU